AUGUCUGGCAUUCUCGCAGGCAAACUCGCCAUCAUCACCGGCGGAUCGCGGGGCAUCGGCGAAGCGAUCGCGCACAACCUCGCGCGCAAAGGCUGCUCCCUCCUCCUCAACUACACCUCAGACUCGUCACGGGCGCGCACCGAGUCACUCUGCGCCCAGCUGGCGCGCGAGCACUCGAUCCGCUGCGUGCCCGUGCAAGCCGACCUGUCCGACCCGGCGCCGGCCAUCGAGCGCAUCCUCAGCGUCGCCAAGGCCGAGUUCUCCACCUCCUCCUCCUCCUCCUCCUCUUCUACGCAGCAGCAACUGACGAUCGACAUCCUCAUCAACAACGCCGGCGUCAGCAAGGACCGGUUCCUCAACGACGCGACCAAAGGCGCCAUCGACGCCGACUACUUCAACUGGCACUACACGAUCAACGUCCUAGCCCCGCUCCUCCUCACCCAAGCCGUGGCCCCCUACCUCCCGCGCACUCCCCCCCGCGCCGGCCGCAUCGUCAACAUCUCCUCCAUCUCGUCGGCGCUGGGGUUCACAGGCCAGAGCGUGUACGGCGGCACCAAGGCGGCGCUAGAGGCGAUGACGCGCACGUGGGCGCGCGAGCUGGCCGAUGUCGCGACGGUCAAUGCCGUCAACCCCGGCCCCGUCAUCGGGGAUAUGUACUUCGCCACGGGCGAGGCGUUCUGGCAGCAGAUGCAGGGGUUCCAGGAUAACACGCCGGGGAGCAAGAUGGUCGAGGACGAUCCGCUGCUGGGCCAGUUGACGGAGGAGCAGAAGCAACUCAUUAAAGAGAAAAUGGGCGGCCGGCGGCCCGGGUUUACGGCCGAGGUUGCCGGCGUGGUGGGGAUGUUGUGCUCCGAGGAUGCGGGGUGGUGUACGGGGAGUGUGGUGUGUGCGAAUGGGGGGUUGCGCUUCACUACCUGA